CAAACAGUCAGCUGUUCGCUGUCAGACCGCUGUCGAAGGUUUUGUUAAGUGACAGAGAUUAGAUCAUGUGAAUGAAAUCUUGGAUGAUGGUGCUGAGACGCAGCAAAUAUAUCCUCAAUGUGCGGCUAAUAGGAAAAGUUGCUGCAGCGCUUGCGAGUGUGAUGUGCUAUUGUGAAUUCCUGCACUAUUAUGUUGUGUUGUUUCAAUGUCAUUGGCCAGAACUUGAUCAUGAGUUAAGUGUCCGAGACAUUAAAAAUGAUGCAAGUCCAUUGCACGUUAUGGUCUUGGCUGACACUCACUUGCUUGGAACGAGAAAUGGCCACUGGUUUGAUAAGCUACGAAGAGAGUGGCAGAUGCACCGUGCUUUCCAGUCCUCCAUUACUGUCCAUAAUCCAGAUGUGGUCAUAUUUUUAGGCGACUUAUUUGACGAAGGAAAAUGGUGCAAGCCAAGUGAGUUUGCUGAAUAUGUUCAAAGGUUCCAUGACCUCUUUCGAACUCCUGAAGAAACACAUGUUCUUGUAGCUGUUGGGAAUCAUGAUGUUGGUUUCCACUACAGCCUGAAUCCAUACCUGGUGAACCGAUUCGAAGCCGUUUUUGCCACUGGGCUAGUGGCUCUGAAGCAGAUAAAAGGAGUCACCUUUGUCACCAUUAACAGCAUGGCCUUGGAGGGGGACGAGUGCUUUCUGUGUAAGCCUGCCUCAGACAAAAUAAAAAUCAUUGGACGACAGCUCAGAUGUGCUGCUGGUGAUAUGGCAGCCUGUCAAUACUGGAAGAGUUCACAACUGCAACAGUAUAGUCAGCCUGUCAUAUUACAACAUUAUCCACUUUACCGUGAAUCAGAUAGCAUUUGUAGUGAAGUGGAUGAAGCACCAGAAGACAUCAAACAUUUACUGUUCAGAGAACGCUGGGAAUGCAUAUCUAGGGAUGCAACAGAAACUCUCUUUGAAGAACUCUCCCCAAGAUUGGUUCUCAGUGGCCACACUCACCAUGGCUGCCAUGUGAAGCACAACACAAGUAAAGGAACAACAGUUGAUGAAUACACAGUUCCAUCCUUCUCGUGGCGAAACAAGGAAAAUCCGACUUUUUCUAUGUUAACAAUAACUUCCAACAACUUCAGCAUUUACAAGUGCCAGAUGCCAAAAGAAAACACAGUUAUUGCUAUCUACGCUUUUUCUGCUAUACUUCUUGUGUUGUGGAUUGCUGCAAAGAUUGUGAAGACUCGUGGCAUUCUUUACACUAAGGUUGAGGGUCAUAUUGAUUGACCCUCAGGGAAUGUAAUGUUAGUUAUAUCUUCUCUUGGUCAGAGUUGAUAUUGGAAGAAGAAUGUUUUUUUUUUUUUUUUUGUUUAUACUUAUAUUUAUUGUUAUUGAUAUUAUUUUCAUUAUUAUUAUUAUUAUUAUUAUUAUUAUUAUUAUUAUUGUUAUUAUUAUUGCUAUUAUUAUUUUUGCUAUUAUUAUUGCUAUCACUAUUACUAUUGAUGAUAUUGUCAUUAUUUGUAUAUAUAUUCAUGUAUUCAGUGAUAAUUUGCAGUCCUAUAUUAGUAUGAUAUAUCUUGUUCAGUAUAAAUCACUAAAUAAAUCUUAAGGUUAGUUAUGUUGCUUGUUAAGCAGAUGCAUGUCAUUCAUUCAUCAGGUAGUCUGAGGUUGCUGAGAUGGAAAAGAGGUAGAUUGAGGUUGCUGAGAUGGAAUGAGAAAGUACUCUGAUGUAUAUUUAUAAAUUGUGUUGAUUUUAUGUAUGGCAUAUUUAUAAAUGGUGUUGAUUUUAUUUAUGGCAUAUUUAUAACUUUGUACGCUAUUAUUUAUCAUGUAUUUAUGUGCAUAUUUAGAGAUAGUAAGGUGUAAUUAUCACAGAGAAGUAAUAAAAACAAGAACCACA